AUUUUGUCCGACUUGAGCCGGGCCUAUAUCCAACUAAACAAUGUUUUAGGAGACAGCCUUAGAUAUCCAGCGGGGCUGUACGUUAUAUGUAUGCCUUUUAUAAACAAUAACUAAGCGCAGUGCAAAGAGUGAUCCCCACUGUGGGUGUGUGAGCGGGAGCCCUUGGGUGUCAGACUGUGGACAGGCGUGGCAGUGGGCUGGUCCAGGCGCACCGAGCGAUGAAAAACAUCAGGAUCCAUUGACUUGGUACCAGCUGAGGCCCUGGAAUAGUCUGACAAAGGAACCCCAGUGUCGCAAGCCAAACGGUGACCGAUUCGUUGUAAUUAACUACAUCUGCUUCUUCCGAGGACGGAUGUGGGUGUGCCGCACCCACACAGAAGACACGGUCCUGAGGAUGGUGCACUGAGUUAUCCAAACCCACCCCUGGUUGGAAGACAUCAACUGCAAAACAGUAGAAGAUGAGCAAGUCGCCCACCCCCAAAGGCACCCCGGUGCAGCGCAGCCCCAGUGAUGGGCUCCCUGAGGGCCUCCUGUCUCCUCAACAUUCCACACCCAGCUCCGGACCCCAGCAUAAGAAGCGCAUCUCCAGCCUCCUCCAGAGUCCGUCAUUCAGGGAGGAGCUGGAUGUGCUGAUCCAGGAACAGAUGAAGAAGGGUGGCAGCUCAUCCAACCUAUGGGCACUGAGACAGCUGGCUGAUUUCAUGGCCUCGCACGGCGCCCCGGCCGCCCUGCCCGUCACCCCUUCUAAUCUCCUGCGUGUCAGUAAAGAACAGGAACACUUCUUGGUGCUUUCAGAUGGCCUGGCCUACAGUGAGGUGACUGGAUCCAGUCUGGUAAAGGUGAACAUCCUGGGUGAGGUGGUGGAGAAGGGCAGCACCAACCUGGGCGUGGACCCAGAGAAGUUCAGCCUGCACUCGGCCAUCUACUCCGCCCGGCCAGACGUUCGCUGUCUGCUUCACCUCCACACACCGGCCACGGCUGCGGUUUCAGCAAUGAAGUGCGGCCUCCUGCCUCUGUCCCAUGAGGCCCUGCUGGUCGGUGACGUGGCUUAUUACGACUACAACGGAGUCAUGGAGGAGGAGGAGGACAGAGUGGAGCUGCAGAAGAGCCUGGGCCCAACCUGUAAGGUUCUGGUGCUGAGGAAUCACGGCAUCGUGGCUCUGGGGGAGUCUGUGGAGGAGGCCUUUUACACUAUCUACCACAUCCAGGCUGCCUGCCAGAUCCAGGUGUCAGCUUUGUGCUGUGCCGGUGGUGAACAGAACCUGAUUCUUCUGGAUCGCACCAUCCAUAAACCCAACGUAGCCGGCACCGUGGGCUGGGCUGGCUCCACCUUUGGACCCCUGCACAAGAGCCGCGUCGGGGAGCACGAGUUUGAAGCCCUCAUGAGAACCAUGGAUAACUUGGGCUACCGUACAGGCUACGCCUACCGUUUCCCUGUGCUGCUGGAGCGUUCGCGGACGCGGAGGGAGGUGGAGGUUCCCGCGACCGCCACGGCUUUCCACCAGUUUGAUGAUGACGGAGUCCACCCGGCUCUGAGGCAGCACCCUUUCGCUCAGCGCCAGCAGCAGGAGAGGACUCGGUGGCUCAACACCCCCAACACCUACCAAAAAGUCAACCAGGAGCAAGCCAGCCCGGGUCAGCGCACCACUUGGUUGAAGGCAGAAGAGGUGACACAAGCUGGCAGCACAGCCAUCAAGAUAGAGACCACAAACCAGUUUGUUCCUCUUUUCACCAACCCUCAAGAGGUGAUUGAGACACGGAACAAGAUCCGACAGCAGAAUCGUCAGGACAUGAAGACGGCAGGACCACAGUCUCAAGUCCUCGCCAGCGUUAUAACAGUCGACAGUCCUCCGUCUCCAGUCAGCCCACCGGAAGUCCCACCAGAGCCAGAACCUCCCAACCCCUUCAACCAGCUGACAGACCAGGAGCUGGACGAGUACCGCAAGGAGGUGCAGAGGAAACAGGACGGAGGGACCAAUGAAGAGGCAAAGACGGACCCUCCAGCCAUACAGAACGGCAGCGAGGAGGAGAAGCAGACGACCGAGGAGCUGGAGAAAGGGAUGAAGGCUCUUUCGACCAACGACACUGGCUCCACACCUGCUGCUCCUCUGCCCCCCAAACCCCAAGGCGGCACCCCGGAGGGCUCCCCCUCCAAGUCCCCGUCCAAGAAGAAAAAGAAGUUCAAGCCGCCGUCGUUCCUGAAAAAGAGCAAGAAGCAGAAGGAGAAAGCCGAGACCUGAGCCGCUCGCGCACACCUGGGCCCCCGGUGAAAUACUACUGGGAAACAUUUCGUAGUGAAUGCCGGGAGUAAGCAGAUGAGUUAACCACAUCAGAUCUGUUCAGUCACAGUCAGUUAACACGUCACUCACAGACACGCUGUACGAAAUUGACUUACAAAUACUUUCCUGCAACACUGGUACUCACUGAUCUGAUCUAAGUGGUGAUUCAUCUUCAGCAGUUUAAAACACACUGAUUAUUAUUUUCACAUGCUAUUUUACCCAGGUUGGAUACAACCCAACAUUUUGACACACACACACACACACACACACACACACACACACACACACACACACACACACACACACACACACACACACACACACACACACACACACACACACACACACUCUCUCACACAAAGUUCCUGUAUCACUCACGUCUUAUUUUCACCUGCUGUGCUAUGAAAGCAUUCAUUAACUUCACUGUAUAGGCAUUCAAACACUUUCCUUUCUAAAACUGGGAUUGCUAGUGUGAUCGUGUACACUUGUCGCUCCGAAUUUGUUUCAUUCCAUUGUUUUUUAAUCCACAACUUUGCAAGACACAGUGGAAAUUUAAGUCUCCUUCAGUUAUGCACCUCUUAUAUAUGUAUAGGCACUUGACAUAUGUAUAUUGGCAUUCUACUAUGUUGCAUUUAUUCAUCAUCAUAGGCAUCUUCUAGUCAUGAUUUGGUUCUAAUUCUCAGAUAGAUGUUGCAGGUAUACUGUGUGAGCACAGGUGCAGUACAUGCAGAAAUAUACUGAUAGCUACUGAUUGUGCUCUUCUUAAUGCUGGUCUUGUGUAAAACUAUCAGCCUAUUGACGUCAUUGCAGCAGGGAAGAACAAAGAAAAAAGAAAGCCGGGAAAUAUGCUGGCUCGCAACGAAACACAAGUCGCUAUAAAUGCCUCUGCUACCCCAAAACAGGAUAAAGCAUUAAAUGAAUUGUUGCUUGCCAAUGCAGUUUGAACCCCAGUAAUAGAAGAUACUGACGGUACUAAACAUUCCACUUUUCCUCCAUCUUCUUUUAAAUGUAUGUAUGUAUGUAUGUAUGUGUGCAAAAUACCUCUUAACAGUUGUAAUUAUUUUCUGUUUUAACCAGUAGCUGUUAUCAAAAUGCUGAUGUGUGAUGUUUGCUCAUGUUUUUAAUUUAUUUUAUAUUAGAAUGUAUAAGUGAGUGUUGCAAGGUUACCAUGUAUCAGUCAUUAAAGAUCAAGUUUGAUUUAAAACCAACAGGACAUCAA